CCUCCUGAGCUGGAAAACAGACACUUAGCAGCAUACCACCCACCUAACGAUUCGCAUAGGGAUAACUCAUCCGAACCCUGCUGUCGUGGUUGAGUGGUGGAUUAAGAGUAUUCUUACUAGAACCAGCCAAUAUUCAUAAUAAUGGAUUGAGAAUCUGACUCUUUUAAAUAUUAGAUUUUCCUGGCCAAUCCACGAAGCCGUGAUUCAGGUCCAGGUGACAGGAUUGCUGUAGAUUUUGUAUAUGUUCAAUAAGAAAUUCUCUCAACUUGCAAUAUCUUUCCUUCACCCUGCAAUCCUCAAUACAGGAAAAAGCGAAUUACGAUUGAGACUCUAGACCAAAUCUGCAGAUAUCUUCAAUUACCUUAACGAGUACCCUUUACGGUCCUACCUAUUUCAACAUGCAGCGUAGACACCAAUGCAAUAAUCCGGCGAACUGCCCGGUUUGUCGGCGGACGGCUCAACGGACUGCCCAACGGACUGCUCGCCGAGCUGCUGGACAAUGUGAACGUUGUAUGAACUCAGUGUGUGCUGGUAGCCGGAGAUUUUGUCAAUUCCAUCUCGACAGCAUGCGAGAGCAAAAUGCUCGAGAGAUGGCAAGGCAGAGGGCGGAAGGCAUCUAUGUUUCAUGUCCACGACCGGCGGUACCUGGAUUAACUAGAUGCGAAGUGUAUCAAGUACAGCGUCAACGGCAGGAAAGAAUACAACGUACCGAUAGGUUGAGACAGGGGUUGUGCACACGUGGGGGUUGCUCUAACCCGGCGGGCGACAGUACACAGCUCUGCCAUUACCAUCGAAUACAGCAUGAGAUAACACGCCACCGGUCAGAGGUGAGAAGGUUUGCGACCGGGCUAUGCGUGUAUUGCAGCAACCCUGUGGUACCUGGCAUGACCGUCUGUGAGCAUCAUUGUGAGGCGUCUCAGAGUACCCAGGAGAGGUACCAACACAAUGUAGCCGGUCAAGCGCACCCGCCUCCGCCCCCGGCCCCGGAGCCCGAAAACGAUGAAGAGGAAGAGGAAGCCGAAGAUGGAUUUAACUAUGAUUAUUAUGAUUUUCAUGACUAUGAUCCGGCUCGGUCUGGGCAGGGACACUAAGGAAAUAAUGUCAAUAGGUACACAACAUCAAUACGCAUCUAGGAGGGUUUUCUGUGGAGUAACAUGGGAAGUCCGAACAAUCUAGAAGGAAGAAAGAUGGCUCUAUUAUUAGAACUGGCAUGUUAGACACUCAGACACUCUGGUCAUUGAUUUCGGGUACCUAGAUAGACUUAAGAAUAGAACGCUUUCUGUUUUUUUAGCGGCUUCGUGUGUAAGUCGAUGCUUGCGAGUGUCUAUGAAUUUGAUAAUUCGAUGUGGUAGCUGUAGUGAUAGGUGAUUGAUGAAAAA